AUGUCUGUUCGCCAUGAUUGGUAUCAAACAGAUGAAAAGAUUGUCAUCACAGUGUUGUUAAAGAAUGCAGUUGAAAAAUGUUAUCAGUGUACAAUCAGUAACGAUUCGGUUUUGUUGACAGCUGAAAAUUAUGAAUUGAAAUUAGAGCUUCUCAAUCCAAUCGAUCCUGAUAAAUCAACUCAUAAAGCAACACCAAACAAAGUAGAAAUUACAUUGUUUAAACGUGAUUUUGGUAGAUGGUCAACACUCGAGAGAAAAAUUGAACAACCUUCAGCUCCUGUUGUUAAAAAAAAGCAACCGAAUGAUUGGGAGAAAUUAACUAAAGAAAUUGAAAAGAGCGAGGAUAAAGAAGAAGGAGAUGCUGCGGUAAACGCUUUGUUUAAAAAGAUUUAUGAAAGUGGAACAGAAGAACAACGUCGAGCUAUGAACAAAUCUUUCAUGGAAUCAGGAGGAACAGUUCUAAGCACAAAUUGGGAGGAUGUUAAAAAAGAUACUGUUGAUGUCAAACCACCAGAUGGUUGCGAGUUCCGUAAAUGGGACAGUUAA